AUGUCCACGGCCUCUGUAUCGGCGAAAGCAGAAGAAGAAGAAGAAAAGCAAGCAGGUUUGGCAAUCGUCGAGAACGUGACAUAUAUCCCCGAAAGCGCGGCUCCCUCGCCCCAGCAGUACGCGCAAUCCGAGUCAAUGAGCUCCGAGCUCUCGGAUCCCGAGCCCCUCAGCCAAUAUAAUGCGGACCCAAAUCUGUUCACGAUGGGUGGCCAUCCUGAUGAAGAGUUUCGAGGAACUGAAUCUUCCGACAUUGACACGGAAUCGGACGACAACACGAGGUCUGCGAAGGCCGAUUAUUGUCCCAAGCAGAAGAGGGAAAAUGCAAAGCAAGCAACUCAGCGAAAGGCGACUGUGACGAAGCGUCGACCAUCAAAGCCUCUUACCCGCGAGUGUAUCGAGAGCUCAACUGGGUCUGAAUCUGAUGCGCCCGCCAGGCGGGCCAGGAUCACGCUGCGCAGCCCAUUCAAGAAACGACGUUCACCCGAGAGCUUGGAAACGAUCCCUAGUCCUAGCAAGAGGCGUCGCUCAAGCGUAUCAUUGAGCGACCACUCGGCGACAAUAGCACCAGCCGUAUCGUCACCGCCCCAAUCACCCUCAUGGGAUGAUCAGCUCUCAGCAUGUCUCUUAGAUCUUAUAUCUGCACAGACGACGCUUCGCAGGGAGACAGGAGAAAAAGAUGAGAAGAUAAACAAAUUGGAAGAGAAGGUAAAGAGAUUGGAAGAGAAAGUAUCUCAGGCAACCGAGCAAAAUCGAAACAUCGCCGAGUCAAAGGACAAGCUUUUUGAUGAGUACAGCGAUUUGCGGCAGCAAGUUCAGGAUGACGCCCAGCAGUAUGAGAAGGUCACCGACGACUGGAUUAUGGGCCGAUGGGCAAGGCUCGCGUCUGGUAUUCAUGACGUGACCGCCUGGAUGCGCGAUGAUCUGGGCUUUCAGGAGACACUCGCGGCGCACACUGUCCAUGCAGAAGCCAUGGCUCAUAUCACCCACUAUUGCUCCUUGGAAAGCAAGAAGAUCACCAAGAAACGCGGGAUGAUUCGGCGCUUCGUUUGGGACCGUCUUGCGCAAGGAAUCUUCGGCCCCGAACAGGAGAUUUGGUGCGACAGAAUGGCCCAGCACUAUGCUUCCUUCAAUCAUUCUCUUUCCAUGGAGGCGUUCGAAAAUGCUUCAAACCGCAAGCAAUACAGCAAAAUGAAGUCAUGGCUAGCGCACGAGAUGGAUCGCCUGUGCCCGCCGUCGCCCGAAGCCAUCACAGAAUUUGCAGACGGCUUGGCGAGUGACCUCUCGAUAUUCUGCGAGCCCGACCAUGUACAAGGCCUACGCAAAGGCAUGCUCGACAUGACUCGCUUGACGAUGGAGCUAUGGACUGUUUUGCGGAAAUCGCGAGCCAUCUUCUGUGUCUGCUCUGAUCGUUUUCAACCUCGCAAGCAGCGCCAGGACGCGGACCAGAACACGAUGGAAACUAUAUCCACUUUGCUGUUCAGGCCACCAGAGGAGCGCGGUCUGUGGUUUGUCCAAAGUCCGUACUUGGUAAAGUGCGGCGGUGCGGAUGGUCUGGAGGAAGACUUUGCACAAGUCAUGGUUGUCUGUAAGGCUCGGGUCAUGAUCGCUUGA